AUGGCAAAAUAAUUUAAUUCGCUAAUUACACAAAUAAACUUAGAACUUGUAGAGUUUUAUCUGGUUUUCUUAUUAAUUGCGUAUAAAGAUGAUGCAACAUCAAUACUGGGUAACCAAGAAGACUGUGCUAAAAAAGUUAGGAACCAAAGAAGACGACUGUAUCGUAGCCUCCGACGCUGAGCUCGAUGCUAAGUUGGAAUUAUUUCGAUCAAUAUCCGAUAGCUGCUUACAUUUACAGCGAAUAUUAGAUCAGUACCAGGAGCGGGUGUGUAUAUUGGCGCAGGAGGAGAAUUCUUUGGGUAAAUUCUUGAAAGAUUCCGGCCAGGGCAGCGAUGCAGCGGGGAAACACAUGGUGUCGGCUGGCAAAGCGAUAUCCUUCUCUGGGCAGCAGCGCUUAUCUGUUAGACCGCCCCUGCUGCGGUUGUACCACGAGGUAGACACGUUCAGAGUUCGCGCCGUCAAGGAUAUGCGGGUAACUGUUUCUGCGAUGGAGAGAGCGCGAAUCGAGUAUCGCGCGGCUCUCAGUUGGAUGAAGUCGACCAGUGCCCAGCUAGACCCAGACACCGGGCGCGGCCUGGACAACUUUCGUAAGGCUCAACGCCAAGUGCGAGAAAGCAAGAAAAUAUUUGAUAAACUUACACUUGAUGUGUUACAAAAGAUUGACCUAUUGGCUGCUGCUAGAUGCAACAUGUUCUCUCAUGUACUGUCAACCUACCAAAGUUCUUUUUUAAAUUUUUCUACAAAAAUUGUUGAGACAUUUCAAGCCACUAUUGAAACUAUGAAUGAUGCUCCACAAUAUGAAUUCUGUAUAUUAAAGAGCUUGGGCGAAGCUGGGGAAGGAACCCAAGAAGAAAAAUCUACUGAAGACAAAGACCAAAUGCUGUUUUUCCAGGAUGAAUACAAAGAUGAAAGUCCAAAGAAAACACAAGCAGAGAAAGUUGAUGUAACCAAAAAGGAACCGUCCACCGAAAUUGCUGAGGCAUCUACUUCUAAUGACCUUAUAAACACAGAAAGUGGUCCAUUUCCGAAUAACCCUACCAAUGUGAAUGCGGACUUAGCUGGACUGAAUCUUGGUGGUGAUGAUGCACCAGCUCAUUUUGGAUCAUUUUUACCAUCACAUUUGUUGCAGCAAACUAGUCUCAAUAUAUUUGGGAGACCAAUGCCACCAACAAAUCCAAGUGGAAAUCAAUCUACCAAAACUCAGAAACCAGUACCAAAGAAAGAAGAUAAAGCUGCCUGGUUCAAACUGUUUUCUGAACUGGACCCACUAGCAAACCCAGACAAUAUACCUGGGUCUAAUGCAAACCAAAGUCAUGCAGCUUAAAAAGUAGCAAAAGCUUUUUUUACUUCAGUCAGUAAAAAAUAACAACUGUUAUUUAGCUUGUUUUUGAGUUCAAUUCCUGGACAUUCCAGUCUAAACUAUGCAGUAUAGUUAGUCAUUGUAAUAUUAUGAAUAAUAUGAAUUUAACACAGCAGUAAACACCAUAAUGGAAGUAUUAUAUUUUACUGACUGACAUAAGAGUAAAU